AUGAAGUUCUCUGCCAUUCUUACUGCAUUGACUGCCACAAUUGCUACUGUUGCUGGUUAUGAAACCAGUGGUAAACCACAUACUGUUGAUAUUCUUAUUGACUACAGUAUUAAAGAAACUCCAGAAAUUUCUCAAACUGAUGUGGCUAAUUGGGUCAAUGGACAAAAAUACACUCUUGAAUAUGUUGUUAAUAACAAUGAAGAAACUGAAAUUGCCGUUGUUGGUGUAACUGGUCAAUUCAAAAACCCAGUUACUAACCAAAUUGUUACUAAUUUAACUACUGGUCAAGUUGGUCCAAUUGCUGUUGCCCCAGGUGAAUCAAUCAAAUUUGAACAAAUUGUUGAUGUUGAUUUAAUUCCAGAUAAUUAUGAAUUGAUUCCUCAUGUUUUCGUUGCUCAUGAUGAUUUAAUUAAAGUUAUUCCAUGUCGUGGUCAAUUGGCUUCUAUUGUUGAUGCUGCUGUUUCAUUUUUCGAUCCAAGAUUGAUCUUUUUGGAAUUGGUAUUGUUGGCUACUUUUGGUGGUAUUGCUUAUUUCGUUUAUGAAAUCUGGGGUAAACAAUACUUGAGAGGUACUGCUCCUGUUAAAGUUCCAGUCAAGAAAAGUGGUUCCCCAGUUGCUGUUAAAGAAGCUUCUCCUGUUGGAUCUGCAAGUGGUUUCGAUGAAUCUUGGAUCCCAGAAGCUCACUUGAAAAAGAACAAGAAAAAGGCUUAA